UCUGUUAACAUGCAGCACUAGUUCAUUAGUUCAUUUGUUCAGUUGAGUGGUCGCGAACUUGUAGCAAACGUUUGGAUACAAGUCGAAUGCAAAUAUAAAAUUGCACGCCAAAACUUAAAAAAAAGUUGAAUUUUUAACGAAAAACUAGUAGCAGUGCAUGCCCCAAGCAACAAUCCAUUUUAUACAAUGACGAGUGAUGACAAAAGUUACGACUCCAGCGACAACAGCGAGGCUGAAGAGCGCCAUGCCAAGCAUAAAAAGUCUAAAAAACAUAAGAAACACAAAAAGACAAGCACCAGCGAAAAGGUCCACAAGAAGCACAAGAAAUCAAAAAAGCGCCAUCAUCGACAAAGUGAAUCCUCUAAUGCAUCCGACAAGCAGCAGCUCCUACGCAACAAUAUUGUCUCUCAAGGUCUGAGUAGCAAAUUCACAGAGCUGAUGCAGGCCAGUCGAGAGCGUGGUACAAAACUGACGCCAAAUGGCGCGGACUUUCGUAUUAUCAAACCAAAUACAGAUCCAUGCAGUUUGGUCGAAGAGAUCACAAAGACCAUACAGAAUAAGGUGUUGCCUGUGCUCGAGGUUGCCACUUCUGGUAGUGAGAGCGAAGUCCCCAUUGACAUAGCCAGUCCUGUGUUGAUGCCUGACAAGCUUGAGGAUGAGCUCAAUUUGGAGGAAUUGAUGCGACAAAAGGCGUUACUGCAGGCACGCUUGGGUGCCUACAUGUCGGACACUGAAGGCGAUGAGACUCGCUCCAAUUCGUUGCAACUCAAGCGUCAACUGCAGCAGCAGCAGCCACAACAACAACAGCAGCAGCAACCCAUUGUGGCAGCUAUUGAGGCGCCGAAGCGCAGGCCGAAUUCGCAGUCUGCAGCACUGCAGCUGGCAACUGCAACUAGUAAACAUGCUAAUAAUAAACAGUCUAACAUCAAUAACUCAAACGAACCCGAUGUUAUAUUAUUGGAUGAUUCUAGUGGUAGUCAGCGCACGCCCUCGCCCACACCAGAGAAGCGAAGACGACAAGCAUCGCCCACAAUCCCGCAAAGAAGUCGGCCACAACAGCAGCGAGACUCGCGUGAUCGACGUGCGGUACGCGAUCAACGUAGUCGCACGCCUCGCCGUCGCAGUGACCAGCAGCAACAACAACACCAGAGACGCCAUCACCAAGAAUACAAUAGGAAUAUGGAGGAUCUGAGGCAGGAGAUCAAUCGCGACAAGCAGCGAGAGAGACGCGAACAAAGUCGUGAUCGUGAGAGACGACCAGAGAGAGAUAAUCGACAGCAGCAGCCAGAGCGUGGAGGUAGGCAGCGCGAGCGUGAACGUGAACGUGAACGCGAUCGCGAUCGCGAUCGCGAUCGCUGGCAACGUCCACGUUCCCACAGUCGCAGUAAGUUUGAGUCGGAUAGAAGACGUGAGCGCGAACGUCAGCUUGAGCAGGAUCGUGGCGGUGAACGUGGCACCGGGUCUGGACGUGGAGCACGCAGCUCCGGCAAUGGUGUGGGCGCAGCCGAUCGCGAUCGUUAUAAAGGCUCUUUAAGCGAAGGUCAGAAAAUGCACGACAAAGAGAGCAGCGACGAGGAAGCCAGUCUGGACAUUGACAUCAACGAGGAUGAAGAUGAUGAGGAACGUAUCAUUGAGAUGCGUCGCAAGCAACGUGAGGAGCUGGUCAAGAAACUAGGCACCACGGAGGAGGAGUCGCGUACAACAAGCCCAACGCCUCGCAAGUCAAAUUCGUAUGAAUCGAGAAGUAUUUCACCCGUCUCCUCAAAGCCCGAGCGGAUGCAGCAUUCGCCCACGAUUGAGCAAGAAGAAAAGCCACCUGCUAAACCCGAAGCUUUCGACGCAAAUGCUUCGAAGAACAGUACAGUUAAAGAGAAACGCAACGACUGGGACAUGUUUGCCGAUCAGGAUGUUGAUUCAAAUUUCGAUUCACCCAGUACGAUUGUGCACAACAAGCAUCAAAUUGAAAAUCCCGCACUAACUGACAAUUGGGACGAUGCGGAGGGUUAUUAUCGUGUGCGCAUUGGCGAGGUGCUGGACAAUCGUUACCUCGUCAGCGGCUACACAGGACAAGGCGUGUUCAGCAAUGUGGUGCGUAGCAGGGAUCAGGCGCGUGGCUCAGCCAAUGUGGCCAUUAAGAUUAUUCGCAACAAUGAGAUCAUGCAUAAGACAGGUCUGCGAGAGUUGGAAAUCCUUAAGAAACUCAACGAUGCGGAUCCUGACGAUCGUUUUCAUUGCCUGCGUUUAUAUCGGCACUUUUUCCACAAGCAGCAUCUUUGCAUGGUAUUUGAGCCCCUUGCCAUGAAUUUGCGCGAGGUUCUCAAGAAAUAUGGCAAAAAUGUUGGUCUGCACAUUAAAGCGGUGCGCAGCUAUACUCAGCAACUGUUCCUUGCUCUUAAACUGCUGAAGAAGACGGGUAUACUACAUGCGGACAUCAAGCCCGAUAAUAUUUUGGUCAAUGAGAAUAAUUUAAUACUGAAGCUGUGCGAUUUUGGAUCUGCCUCGGGCAUCAGCGAAAACGAAAUAACGCCUUAUUUGGUAUCUCGUUUCUAUCGAGCACCUGAAAUAAUAAUGGGCAUACCUUAUGACUACGGCAUUGAUACUUGGUCAGCCGGUUGCACGAUCUACGAGCUGUAUACAGGCAAGAUAUUGUUCAGUGGCAAGAGCAACAAUCAAAUGCUUAAAUUCUUUAUGGAUGUAAAAGGAAAGAUACCCAAUCGGAUUGUGCGUAAGGGACAAUUCAGAGAACAGCAUUUCGAUCAGAGCUGCAAUUUUCUCUAUCACGAAAUAGACAAGUUAACAGAGAGGGAAAAGAUAGUCGUCAUGCCUGUGGUGAAACCAUCCCGCAAUUUGCAACAGGAACUAAUUGCUGAUCAAAAUUUACCCGACGAUCAGCAUCGUAAGGUGACGCAGCUUAAAGACCUGCUGGAGAAUAUGUUUGCCUUGGAUCCUGGCAAACGUAUAUCGCUAAAUCAGGCGCUAAUGCACCCCUUUAUACAGGAGAAAAUGUAGAUCCGUACAACACAGAGAGAGACACAAUAAACGUAAUUCAAUUAUUUGUAGACUAUAAGAAAUUACGUUAGAACAAUUUUAUCGAGUUAUCAUCACCCGAGCUACAAAAACUACACACUCAGAUAUAAAAUAGACUAUCUACUAUCUAUCUAUCUAUAUAUAUUCGUAUAUAUCUUGAUUAUGUUGAUUAUAAACAUAUGUACAUAAUGUUCAGUGGUUCGGCCGAAUUGUUAUUUGUGUGUGCGCGCUUACACGAACUUAAUAUAUAUAUAAAACUAAGUAAUA